UGUGCCUGCCGUCAGCUGUGCAGCUCCGCUUGUUUUUAAUAUGUGAACAUAAUAUAAGAUAAAUAUCAGCAAUUGAGUGGCCCAUAAUUUAUAAAAAAUGCAGUGUUUAGUCAAGCGAAGUCUCUCCAGCCAAUUAAAAAAAAUCUGCGAGAAAUACGCCAAUUUCUCCUCCAGCAUAUCUCAAAAUCCAAAGGCAGAAUGCAGCCCCCCAAAGCCAAGAGUCUACGGUCAACCGACUCCCCAGACUCAUCCGCACCUGCUGAAAUCCGACGAACUAGUUCCCCGAAUAAAGCUCCACGAGUUCAAAGAACGUAGAACGAAACUAGUAGAGAAACUAAUAACCGAGGGGUGCGUUGGUAAAACAUCCUCAAAACACAUACUCAUAAUCCCCUCAUCGAGUAAAGUCUACAUGUCCGACAAAAUUCCGUAUGUUUUUCGGCAAAACACAGACUUUAUGUAUUUUUCCGGCUGCCAAGAGCCGGAUUCUACCCUAGUUAUAACAGUGGACGGUGACAGCCACACGGCAACGAUUUUUAUGCAGAAUAAGGACGAAAAAAUGGAGCUGUGGGACGGCCCGAGAACGGGAGCCGAGGCUGCAUCUGAAUUCUUCGGAGUCGAUCGAUCGUAUCCAGUGUCAGACCUGGAAUUAUUCGUUGUGUCGUUCCUCAAGGAACACCAGAACAACUGCAAUCUUUGGUAUGAGAAUAAGGAGAUUAUUCAGAUGGAGGUGCACAAGAAAUUGGCUCAGGUGAUCAAGACCACUGGCUUCAACGCCAAGAAUAUAUUCUCACCGAAGACGCUGCUUCACAAAAUUCGACUGAUCAAGUCGGACAGCGAAGUGGAGCUGAUGAGGGAGAGCUGUCGGAUCGGCUCCGAGGCCAUUGCCAGGACCAUUCAGACUUCGAAACCUGGAAUGACUGAACAUCAGAUAUUUGCUACUGUUGAUUACGAGUGCAGGAUGAGGGGGGCUGAGUAUCUGGCUUAUCUACCUGUUGUUGCGGGGGGAAAUAAUGCCAAUGUCAUUCAUUAUGUCGCUAAUAAUCAGGUUGUCGAGGAUGGGAGCAUGGUUCUUAUGGAUGCUGGCUGUGAAUACCACGGAUAUUCGUCAGACAUCACGAGAACGUGGCCCAUAAAUGGAGCAUUCACCGAUCCUCAGCGAGUUCUCUACGAGAUCGUUCUGGAAGUUCAGAAAACAUUGAUCAAUCAAUUGGCUGAGUUUCCAACACUGGACAUGCUUUUUCAUGAAAUGUGCAGGUUACUGGGAAAGAAGCUGCAGCAGGGGGGCCUCAUCCCUAAAACCAUGAGUGAUAAUCAAUUGAUUUCUGCUGCAUAUCUGUAUUGUCCACAUCAUGUCAGUCACUACUUGGGAAUGGACGUGCAUGACACUGGGAGAAUUUCUAGGGGUGUUAGGACAGAACCUGGGAUGAUAGUGACUGUCGAACCAGGUGUUUACGUGAACUCAAAAAAUAAGCUGGCACCACCAGAAUUCUGUGGUCUUGGAAUACGAAUAGAAGACGAUGUCUUAAUAACUGCUAGUGGUCCUGUAGUGCUGACAGAGCCCUGUCCGAAAGAAAUAUCAGACAUUGAAUCUCUCAUGAAGUUGAAUAAAUCAUGAUUACUGUAAAAAAUAUAAAAUUGACAUAUCUGUAGAUAAUUUUUUAUUCAUAAAAAAAUAAUAACGGCGACAAUUAUCUAGUGGAAUGCAAUUCCAUUGUUAAACACGAACAGUUACUCGAAUAGUUGCUUCGUAGGAAAUAUUCGAAUGUUGUAGAUUUGUAUCCAAUAGAGUAUCACCAGGAGUAGAAGCAGUAGGGCGUAGACAAUUAGUGCGACAAUCAACAUCUGUCACGAUUGUUUGGAUCAGCAAUGGGAGAAACAUUAGUUUCGGAGUUUGAUGUCAGCUUGUUUCAAAGUUAUGAAGUUGGUGAGUUGCUUGACACGGAGACGAGACCAGACGAGGUGGUCGUGGAGGGCGUGAAUUUGGGCGGCUGCGAGGGCUGCACUCUCGGGGUAGAGUACUGUAGUACAACCGAGACCUAAAAAAUUGAUUAUAGUGAAUAUAGCUGAGGUGCAAGGGGUUAUUCAAGGAAAUUUUUCUUGCAAAAAAAAUAAAAAAUUACCUAGUACUUUCUGUAAGAAAUUCUACUGAAUUUUUAUUGGGACUCUACAGGAAUUCCAUUGGGAGAUUCUAUCAGAUUUUUGCUCUAAUUUUAUUGAAAAUUAUUCAACCUCCGCCUGCAUUUCUCAAUGUUAGCCUUUUAAUAUUAGUUUUUGUACAUAUUAGUAUUUUCAAUAGACAUCUGCGCAAAAAAAACAAAUGGAUUUUUUCCAUUAAAUUUCAAGAGAAUUUGUAGAGUGCGGAUUCUUUUUUUCAUUUUCUUCUAACUACAUAAAAAGCUAGUUUCAUUUCACUGGGAUUCAUAAAGUUCAACUAAAUGCAACACAAAAUGUUGUUUAGCGUCGCAAAUUCCCAUUUUCUACAAUUUUAUCUUUGCGAUUGUAUUUUUGAUCCAACUGAAUAAUCAAUCAAUUGGGUAAAAAAAUAUUCCACUGCAAAGUGAAGGUUAAAAAAACACUUGUCAAUGUCAAAAAUUGAUAAUUCAUGUUGAUUAAAUCCCCACCUCGUCGAACUGACCUCGAUCAAUCCCAGUCAAGUAGAACAUCUCCUACUUUGACAUUGUGAAAGCCCAAUAACAUAAUUUUCGAAAUGAAUAACCGACUGAAACACGUACCUGAUGGCACAUUCAACGAAGACCAAACAUCCUGUGCGACGUUAUCAGGCUUGACGGGUGGACAAUUGAUGACCGGCAGAGCUGUGUUACCAGAAAGUACUGGACCCAGACCAUUGGAUCGACCGGCGACAGCCACCAGCACCACCUAAGUGACACGAUAAAGUUGC